AUGAAUGACGAGGAUUGUUGGAAAUUGUUCUCCAAGAUGGUGCAAUUAGACCGGGAAUCCUCUGCAAGUUUGCCACCAUGGGCUGAAGAAUUAGGUAAGCAGAUGCUGAGGAGAUGUGGGGGAUUACCACUUGCUAUUGUGGUGCUAGGUGGCCUGCUGUCAAGAAAAGAUGCAACCUUUAACGAGUGGCAAAAGGUGUUUCAGAGUAUGCAUUGGCAGUUGAGGCAAGAACCAAUGCAAUAUGGAGAUGUGUUGGCCCUGAGUUAUAUGGACUUGCCACACUACUUGAAAUCAUGUUUCUUAUACUUUGGUCUCUUCCCUGAGGAUUUUGAAAUUUCUGCAAGGAGAUUGAUGCUGCUGUGGGUUGCAGAGGGAUUUGUGCUGCCAAGAGGUCAACAACCCCUUGAAGAUGUAGCAGAAGAUUACUUGGAAGAGCUUAUUGGAAGAAACAUGGUUCAAGUGGCUAAAAGGAAGUCCAAUGGAAGGAUUAAAGCAUGCCGAAUCCAUGACCUUCUCAGAGACCUUUCAAUCUCAAUAGCCAAGGAGGAACACUUCCUUGAUUUCAUCCAUGGAGAUGUCAAUGCUGAUUCUGUUACAACAAGAUGUCGCAGACUUGGCAUUCAUUCUGGAGAAAUCUCCAUUACAGAGAACACUCCAAAAGUUCGUUCAUUGUUGUGCUUUGAUUCGGUUGAAUCGAAUUUCAAACCAAGGAAGGUUAAGCUCUUGCGCGUGCUUGACUUAGAAGGCGCUUACUUAACUCAGCUGGACUCUGAAAUAGGAAAUCUCAUCCAUUUGAGGUACCUGAGUUUAAGAGAAACUUGGUUAAAAAGAUUUCCAUCAACAAUUGGCUACCUUGAGAAGUUGCAAACUUUGGACUUGAGGUCGACAUUGAUUAGUCCAAUCCCCCUUGCAAUUUGGAAGCUGCUGAACCUGCGGUUCUUGUACUUCAAUGAACUGAAAGAAAUGGUUGUGGAUCCACCAAAGGAUGCAGCUCUAACUCAUCUCCAAACUUGGCAAGGGUUAUGCAUUACCCAAAAGAGUCGAAUUGAGAAUGGCUUGGACAAAUUGACCAACAUAAGAGAACUGGAAUUGCAUGGUGAGCUGUAUGCACAAGAAGCUGCCUUGGCAAAGUGGAUUCUCAACUCAAAGAACCUGGAAUGUCUGAAGCUACAUGCUAAUCCAGUUACAGCAUUCGUGGUUGAUGCUCACACUAAAAUUCAGGACUUUGACAGAACCCGUCUUUCGAUCCCCAAGUCAACGAUGUUUGCAGAUCAUUUUUUUCUUUCUAAGCUGCAUCUGGACGGAUAUAUCAAGAAGCUCUAUGAUGUUGAACAUUUUCCACCGAACCUUGAGGAGCUAUCAUUGAAAGACUCCUAUUUGAUGGAAGAUCCCAUGCCAAAGCUGGAGAAGCUGCAGAAUCUUAGAGUCCUAAAAUUGAAACAAUGUGCGUACGUGGGGAAAGAAUUAGUUUGCUCAAGUGGAGGGUUUCCUCAACUGCAUUUGCUGAAACUUUCUUUCCUCACAUUACAGACUUGGAGGAUAGAGGAAGGAUCAUUGUGCAACCUUAAACAGUUGGAAAUUGUAGAAUGCAAACAACUGAAGAUUCUCCCGAGGGGAUUGCAUCCAUUGACUAGUCUGAAGGAUCUGAGAUUAGGAUAUAUGCCCCAUGAAUUCGCAUUGAAGGCUCGAGAUCGUGCAGGGGAGAACUGGUACAGAAUUCAUCGCGUGCCUCCAUUAUAA